AUGGCAAAUUGGGAAGAGAUCGCGGCCAAGAAGCGCCAGACCCUCAAGGACUCGAUUCCUCCUGAAUGGGUCAUCCCUGAAGACCUAUUGCCGGCCGACUCUGUAGACGAUGUGACUGGCUUCCCCGAGGCAUCGGGGUGGUUUACUCCCGAGGAGCUGGCCAUCACCAACUCCAAUGCCUUGGAGUUAUUGCCCAAACUUGCUUCUGGCGAACUCAAAUCUGAGACCGUAACACGGGCUUUCUGCAAGCGCGCUGCGGCGGCGCAUCAGCUGACAAACUGCCUCUCCGAGACCUGCUUCGCUCGUGGCCUGGAGACUGCCAAGAAACUUGACGAGCACCUUGCACGAACGGGAAAACCUGUCGGACCACUACAUGGGCUCCCUAUCUCGCUUAAGGACAACUUCCACCUUGUCGGCCUCGACUCCACGGUAGGCUUCGUGAGCCAUAUUGGCGAUGCGGCAACUUAUGAGUCUGUGCUGGCGGACCUGCUGCGUGAAGCCGGUGCCGUCUUUUACGUCAAGACCAACGUGCCGACGGCCAUGAUGAUUGCUGAAUCCGUGAACAAUGUCUUUGGCCGCACGGUAAAUCCCCUCAACCGGAAGGUAACUAGCGGAGGGUCCUCCGGCGGAGAGUCGGCCCUGAUCACGUUCCGCGGCAGUCCUUGGGGCGUGGGCACAGACAUAGGGGGCUCGCUGCGCAUCCCGGCGGCAUGCACUGGCAUCUUCACGCUCCGGCCGAGUUUUGGCCGCUUCCCGACGCUGCGGUGCCGGUCUGGCAUGCCGGGCCAAGAGGCCGUGCAGAGCGUGAACGGGCCCAUGACGCGGACUUUGGACGAUCUCGAGUUCUACUGCAAAACAGUCGUCGGCGCGGAACCCUGGCUCGCAGACCCGCGGUGCUUGCCUGUCCCGUGGCGGGAUGUUGAGCUACCGAAGACCCUCAAAAUCGCCGUUAUGUGGGAUGAUGGCAUGGCUCUUCCAACGCCACCGGUGACUCGCGCGCUCAAGGAGGCUGUCGAGAAAUUACGGGCGGCAGGGCAUGAGAUCACCGUGUGGUCGUCGGAGGACCAGCAAACAGGCGCUCGUUUACUCGACCGGAUGUUCGUGGCCGACGGAGGAAAGGCAAUCCGCAAGGAGCUGGAGCGCUCCGGUGAGCCCUGGAGGACCGAGAUGGGCGCAUACGAAGUUGCUGAAGAGCUCGGCACUUCGGAAAUGUGGCAGCUCCACCUGGAUCGUGUCGAGUUUCAAAAGCGGUAUCUCGAUCGCUGGAAUAAGGCGGGCAUCGACGCGAUCUUAUGUCCCACCACACCCUAUAGCAGCGUGGAAAACGGCAAAUUUAGGCAUGUUGGCUACACUGGCGUGUAUAACGUUUUGGAUUACUCGUGCAUAUCCUUUCCCUCAGGCGUUCUGGUUGACAAGAGCAUUGACAAACCCACUGGGGAUUCAUAUAAGCCUAUGACAGAUCUUGACAGAACAAUACAGGCGGAAUAUAAUCCAGAUGCUGUUCACGGAAUGCCAAUCAACUUGCAAUUGGUUGGCAGGAGGCUCGAAGAAGAGAAAGUUGUCGCAAUGGUCAAGACUAUGUUGGACACAUUAUCCUGA